CCGUGAGAGCAUGUUCAUGGUCGUGCUACGUAACUACCAUUGAGUCGUACGAAACUUCGUAACUUUGUUUACUAAAUGUGAAAUAUUUAAUUUAUUGGAUUUAACUGGUUAACAAUAAUUUGUGAUCGUAUAUCAAUAUAUUUAUAUGUUAUUUUUCUAUAUAUUAGAUAUUAUUUUAAAGUAUUGUGAUCGAACAUUAUAGAUGUAAUAGCAAUCGCAUACUUUUGUAAAGGUAUUUUGUGAAAAUUAUAAUUAUUGAUUAAUAAAUCUUAAAAUACCUACAUCAACGCUAUCCAUUUAGUUCAACGUACGCAGCAUGUCUGGAACAAAUCCAAAUAAGUGAAGUGUAAUAAAAACAGAGAAAAAAAAUGGUGGAGUUAUUUAUAACAGUGAAAAGGACCGCGUGACAAAAUGUGCAAGAACGUGAAGAAUGUUGCGUGGGAGACGGAGACGCUGAUGGGGACACCACCAGCGUCGCGGUGGGAACAGUUCUGUCCGAGGGCAGCUCUGUCCCAUGUGGGACUCUUUAUUGCACUUAUGCUAUACACUGGUGGUGGAGGAUUGGUAUUUCGUGCCCUGGAAUACCCAGCGGAACUGGAGAAACAAGAAUAUCAUCGAGAACGUUUGUUAACAGAGCGAUGGAAUUUAAUUAAGUUCGUAUCUGAGUAUCAUAAUAAUGGAACUGAAGGGGGCAUGGAGAAGCUAUUAAGUGAUCAGUUAGCUAUAUAUGAGAAGGUAUUAGAAGAAGCGUCUUCGAGUGGACUGGCAUUAGAAGUCGAAAAUAAUUUUCCUGCUGCAGAAGAAAAAUGGAGUAUAUUACAAGCAGUAUUCUUUUCAUCAACUGUGCUCACCACAAUAGGUUAUGGUAAUAUAGUACCUGAGACGUUCUGGGGUAGAUUAUUUUGUAUUGCAUACGCAUUAAUUGGAAUCCCGUUGACAUUAACAGUAAUCGCAGACUUGGGUAGAGUCUUUGCAACGGUUGUUUCUAUUAUUGCAAAACAAUUACCCGCUAUGCCAAAAUGUUGCAAACGAGUAUCGGAAGCAAAUCCAGCGGGACAACGAUCUCUUUAUGCUCUCGGCGCAGUAGGAUUUCUAUUCGUGUAUUUGUCUGCCGGUGCGGGCUUGUUUAAAAUGUGGGAGGACGAUUGGAGUUUCUACGAUGGUUUUUACUUCUGUUUUAUUACUAUGACCACUAUCGGAUUUGGAGAUCUCGUUCCAAAACGGCCAAAAUAUAUGCUUCUAUGCACACUUUACAUACUUAUUGGUUUGGCGCUUACUUCAACUAUAAUAGAGUUGGUACGAAGGCAGUAUGCGAGAUCUUGGCAACAAUUACGAGCUCUGUCCGGGCCAUUAGCGGACACUUUAAGAAGACUAGGCGACGCCGGUAGGGGAGUAGAUGUGUCUGCUCUCCAUAGUGACCUUCGUAAAGUACUGACAGUGGAUAUGAACAAAGGGGUCAGAUGUUUGAGUCCAUUGAAAAAAACUCAAAUUAAGCCGGCGGCAACGCCAGUUGUUACUAUGCCACGUUUGUCUACUGGAAAAGAUGGACUCUCUGAUAAACGCCAACUAGAAUGGGAGGCUGCAGUUGAAGCGGUGAUAAGGGAUAUCACGGCACCUACACCUGAAAAGAAGCCACCAAUCGUGCAGAUAGUAAUAUAUGAAUCCUCAGUUUAGUACAAUUAUUUAUUAUAUUUGAAGUAAUACAUGCUACGCGUAAGCAAAGCAAGAGGGUCUUCCAAAUGCGUGUGUAAUGAGCAAUUGCCUUGAAUCAUUAAAUCGAAUAUAAAUAUGCACUUUAUCACGAUAUUGCAUAAAAUUAAAUUAAAUUUAAAUAUCAAGAAGUCUUGCUUCUCUAAUACAGAUCUAGCAUAACGUAAGGUUAGCUGAUUAAAAGUAACUUUUUAUACAAAUAUUAAUUCUACAUUUUCUCAUAAAGCUGUAAGCUCAUUAUAUUUAAUGAACAUAAAACUUCUAAAUUAAAUUAUCGUCACAUACUUUUGUUAUGGAAUUCGAUCACGGGCGCUUAUGCUGGCGUGACAUUUAGAGAUUACAUUAGAGUAUAAAAGUUCAAGGUUAACUUACUUCAUUUCAUUCUUCUGCAUUGCUGUUUAAAACUGUAUACGUUAAAUGUAGCGGUAAAUGCGUAAUCUGAAAAGACAAUUAGUUAAACAGUGUGGCAUGUGGUCCGUGUGCCAAAAUCAGAAAAAGAUGUGACUCGUGAUGUUUGUGUAUAUUGAAUGGUUCGAGUGAAGAUAUUUUGUUCGACGACGUUUGUCUAGGCGCAACAAACUGUAAACGUAAUGAAUUAAUUUACUAUAUUUUUGUCCACUGUUCCGUAUGAAAAUGAAUAUUGAACAAUUGUUGAAUAUGACUUUAAAGAAUUGAUGUUAUUGGAAAUACUCCUAAAAUUUCAUUUUAUUAUUGCUAUUGCAAUGCACUUUAUCUAUAUAUUUCAAUAUUGUUUCAAUCGCCGGAAAAAUAUAAAACAACGUACCUAUUCUUACCUUUAAGUGUAAACUAUAAAAUGAACUACCUAUUGGCCGUAUAAAAGUAAUUAUAGGUUAUAAACUAAUAUAAGAACGUAUUGAUUGCUACUGUAUAAACAUAAGAAUGUUACUUGUUCUUAUGGUAGAAAUAAAUAAACUUGGGGUUCGAUUAUAACGGAUUGUUAGAAAAGACACUAAUUAUUUGCCUUUGCAACUGCCACUAAUAAAGUUAUAAAGAAAAAACUGACUACUGUACGGUUACUGUAAUUUGCUAUAGUUUUAUUAAAUUGUUCAUUAAAUUGCAUUUCGUAAAUAUAA